AUGUGCGAGAUCCUCCGGACGAUCUUCAGCACGAUGCCGGAGCUGCAGAGCGUGUUGACCUUUGUGCCUGCCACAAUCACCGAGGAAGGGGCGAUGAAGGUCCUUCAGCCCUUCCAGUCGCACUUUGCGCAGCUGGAUGUGUGGGGACUUGGGCCCCGGUUGCCAUUUGCACCAGCUCCCCCGUUACCACCCCCACCCGCCCCGCUGGCACCGCCACUGGCGCCACUGGCGCCACUGGCUGUGCUCCCCCCAGCGCCUGUGCUGCCCCCAGCGCCACCGACUGUGGCGCCGCCUGCGCCGGUGCCGGCGCUGCCGGCGCCGCCGGCGCAAGCAGUGCCACCGCCACCCAGUGCCCCCUCCAGCACGUUGCGGCCACAAACUCUACAGGUGGAGGACUCAGCUCAGAAGCUGCUCUUGCGCCUACAGGGCGCUGUGCAAAGACACGGAGUAGCUCCGAGCCACUUGUUCAAGGUCCUAGACCUGCAGCACAAGGGCGUCUUGGGCUGCCGGGAGCUGUCGCGCCUGGCAUGGGCCAUGGAGCCCAAGCUGGACUUUGAGGAUUUAUCCGCUUUCUGGCGCCUGUUGGGUGGUUCCGGGGGCCGUUUGCCCCUGGGCCACUUCUGCCGCGCCCUGACUGCCCCGCCCACGACCGCGCCGCCAGCGCCGUCUCCGGCGGCGGGGCCACGCCCCGCGUGGCGCGAGGUGGGACGAAGCUAUGCCGGUGGCGUCCUACCGGGGGCAUCGGUGAAGCCCAAGGAGGCGCAAGAGGCGUUGGACGCCUUCAUCAAGAAAUGGAAGGCCCCCAAAGCGCCCCCGCCCGCCCUGAACACCGCCGCCCCACCUCCCACAGCGAAAGCGGCGCCGGACCAUGCCGUGUCCGCGCCAAAGGCCUUGGCCAAGGGGAGCGCGGCUGCGGGAACUCUGAGCAGCUACAGUGAGGAGUUUGAAGAUGACAAGUACAGUGAAGGAACCAGGUACAGUGAUAGUGAGAGAACCUCAAGUGCCAAGUGAUGCUGAGAAUGAUGUACUGAC